AUGAACGGACAUCGACAAAUGAAUACAACAUCUAGUCGAAUCUUGACAGAUGUGCCUUGCAAAGUGUGUCAUGAUAAUUCAUCGGGCAAACACUAUGGAAUCUUUGCGUGUGACGGAUGUGCGGGCUUUUUCAAACGUUCUAUUCGACGGAAUCGGCAAUAUGUAUGUAAAAAUCAUGGCCUAGGCAAUUGUCCUGUUGACAAAACUCAUCGUAAUCAAUGUCGAAGUUGUCGUCUAACACGAUGUUUAGAAGCUGGAAUGAAUAAAGAAGCUGUUCAACAUGAACGAGGACCACGAAAUUCAACAAUACGACGACAAAUGGCUCUCUUAUUAAAAGAAUCAAGUGAUUUAAUCAGUGCAUAUCAUCAUCAACAACAUCACUUCCAACACCGUCCACAUCCCAUGCCUCCAUCGUUUCACCAUCCAUUAUCAUCUUCAUCGUCGUCAUCAUCGACAAACGGAAUUGAUUAUAGUACCACGCCAACAAAUCCUUCACUGAUUCAUCCAACACCGAAAUAUCCUCUCGAUCUACGAACAUCCAUCACCGAAAAUCCAUUUGAUGCUCACGAAUCGGCUGCACGAAUCUUAUUCAGUGCUAUUAAUUGGGCGAAAACUGUGCCGGCGUUUGUAUCUCUAUCCAAUCAUGAUCAACUUUCGCUAUUGGAAGAAGGCUGGCGUGAUUUAUUUAUUCUCACUGCUGCCGAACAGCAAUUCUCCUUGAAUAACAUUGAACUCCUGAGUAAAUCAGGUAAAUAUGAAAAUCUCAAGUCAGAUAUUGAACAUUUUCAAGAUUUACUAAUCAAAUUUAAACACAUGGACAUCGAUGCCAAUGAAUUUAUCUGUUUGAAGAGUCUUGUUCUAUUUAAAACCGUCCUAAGCAAUUGUCAAACAAUGACAAAUCCACAAUUACAUGAUCUACACAGCAUCGCCUACUUGCAAGAACAAGCUCAAAUCCUCUUGAAUACAUACAUCAAUAAACAAUAUCCAUCCCAACCACAUCGAUUCGGCAAGUUACUUCAUUUACUCGCGGGCCUACGUUCAAUAUCAUCGAUAACCAUCGAAGAACUCUUCUUUCGAAAGACCAUCGGAGAUAAAACACACAUGGAACAAUUAGUGAAAGAUAUGUAUCAAAUAAAUAUGGCAAGCAUCGUUGCGACGUCUUCAUUGUCUUAG